AUGCUGAGGAAGGCAAUGGCCAACAAGGCCCCGUCCCUUCGCGUGCAGGCGGAGAAGCGAAGUGAUGCAGGGGGUGGCAACUUGCCGAGAGACUUGCCUCCAAAGCUGAAGCCUUAUUUGCCACUACGAGACUGGGAGAAGUUCCGGGACACAGUCAACAAGGCGUUGAAACAGGAAAAGGCGACGCGCCAGCGAAUUCGCGGCACGGGCGGCGUGCCCUUCCUGCUUGGAGCGGUCUCAGUCCUUGGCUCCUGUGUUUCAAUGGUUCUUCUGCAUAUCCUGCAGCUUGACACUUUGUUCGGCGAUGCGCUGCUGGCUAUCCCUCCAGCAAUAGCUCUUUGCUUCUGGGCAUUCGUGCGUGUCCUUCUAAUGAAGCACUCGCGCAAGCACGCCCACGCGUUGCAAGACGUUACAGGUGUCUUGAAGAAGGCGUGCCACCAGCUAAGCCAAGAUCACCGGAUGCUGGCAGUCACUAUGCACAUUGGCGAGGAGGCGAUUUCCAAGCUAGAUUGGUUCCAGCGCGCCGUCGCCGCUGCCAAGGAUACCUUUUACAUCGAGUUCCGGAUCCUUGAGGGCAUGGGCCAGGAGUUCCUGGGUGACGGCGGCGAGAAGCCAGAGGACAGCACACGCCCGCCGAGCGGUGGCAGUGGGAGCUCGCUGCGAGUUGCCGCGCUCGAGGACAUGCUGCAGCUCCGCCCCAUGUCGGCCCCAGAUGUCCAGCUGGAGGGCGCCGACUCCCCGUCGAUUGGCAGAACAGCGUGGUCAGGCAGCUCCAGAACCAGCAAGCAGGCUUGGACGUAG